UUUGUGUGGAAAUGUUUGCGGAAAGCUCGUGUGUGCGCGCUGCGCUGCUGGAAAGCGCUUUGGGUGCGCCGUCACCGUUAACUCUUAUCUCCUGAGGGUCUUAUCACGCGGUUAUCUCCUUGUUGGAAAGACAUAUUGCGUUUGGUUUCCUAUCUAUUACUAUGUGUGUGGGGUGUUUUUUUUUUUUUUUUGGCAAUAAUGAUGAGGCUCCAGUGUGAGAGCACUGAGUCAUGACACGGAUGGAUUCAGUUCUUCACUGGAGUCUCUACAGCAGGACAGAGAGAAGCACUGACUGGCUGCAAUGAGGCUAACUCAUCUCUUAUCCGUUUUCCACACACCGCGAGCUACCACACGGUUCCUGGAUGGACCUGGGCGAGCACAGCUGGUCCACAGUCAAGCGUGAAGUGUCCAGUAACCCGGGCUCGCCGUCUGAGCAGAGCUGCGUUCACGGCGAGCGCAGGGACGAGUUGAGGACAUCACCUCUGGACGCAGCGGGGAGUCGGCGCGCAGACACGCGGCCGCUGCCCUCCUACGCCGCCUUCGGCCACCCGGUGAGUUCGGACGACGUGCCGCUGUUCGCGGACCUGGACCAGGCCGCUAAGCUCGGCGCGCACAAGACCGGGAUCGUGGUGGACCCCGGCGACAUGUACUCGACGCUGGCCGCCUACGAGUCGCCGUCGGCAGCUUACAUGCACUCCAGUCCCAACUCGCCGGUGUACGUGCCGACCUCGCGGGUCGGGCCAAUGAUCCCGAGUCUGCCUUACCUUCAGCCGAGCGCGGCGGCGUCGCAACCGAGCCACGCGGUCAGCAGCCACGCCGCGUGGUCACAACCCGCCCCCGAGAGCCCGUCGUCCUACAGCACCGGGAGCCCACACGCCACCUCCACCCGCUUUCACUACUCACCAAGCCCGCCCGUGAACAACGGCACGGCAAGGGACUCGAGCUACCCGACCACGCUGAACGCCAGCGGCAGGGAGCAGUACCUGUCGCGGCCCCUGAGCGGCUCCUACACCGGGCCGUACGCGCCCUACGUGGGAGCGCAGCUGCCCCAGUUACCCACCGCGUGGCCCGCGGGACCCUUCGAUAACUCCAUGCUGCAUUCAUUACAGAGCCGAGCGGCGCCGCUCUCCAUCCGACCCGGGCCUGCAGACUUCCUCGAGGACGCGAUGGAGAGUCGGGAGUGCGUGAACUGCGGCUCCAUCUCCACCCCGCUGUGGAGGCGCGACGGCACCGGUCACUUUCUCUGCAACGCCUGCGGCCUGUACAGCAAAAUGAACGGCCUGAGCCGACCAUUAAUUAAGCCGCAGAAGCGCAUGUCGUCUUCCAGAAGAGUCGGCCUUUCCUGUGCAAACUGCCAGACCAGCACUACGACCCUGUGGCGCAGAAACGCAGAGGGGGAACCCGUGUGCAACGCAUGCGGACUCUACACUAAAUUACACGGGGUACCACGGCCGCUGGCUAUGAAGAAGGAGGGUAUUCAGACGAGGAAAAGAAAACCGAAAAACUUGAACAAAACAAAGGGAUCGUCUGGAAGCAGCUCUGUCCCCGUGACUCCAACAUCAUCAUCAUCUUCCGCCUCAGAAGAGAACUCGAAGAACAGUCCUCCAUCUGCACAGGUGGCCGUGACCUCGGUGAAUUCCUCCACUAUGGUGGGUCAUAUAGAAGUUCCAGGCACCACAGGCUCCAUAGUGAAGUACCCUGGCCAGGAGGGUCUGUACACUAACGUGGGAUUAAUGUCCAGCGGCGACGUGGCGGCGUCUGUACGAGGUGACACGUGGUGUCCCAUGGCUCUGGCCUGACACUGACCUGUGAGGGAAAUAAAAAGCUCCUCAUCGCUCUACUCCGCCUCUCCACAUCAUCCCUGGCAUUCAUUUGUAAAAUGGCUGCUUUCAUCACGGGCCUGGAGUUGCCCUGAGAAAAAAAAAAAAAAAAAAAACCCUCGUUCCGUGCUCACGACUUUUCUUCAGCUUUGGAGAGCUUGUGCAAAAAAAUUCCUACUACUCCAGUUUUUUUGGAAAUACACUCUCUGGAUGUUGAUAAUGAAGACUAUGUGUGCCAAUCCACAACGUGCCUUUGGUACUUUUUUUUCUAAAACACACACUGCACUACGAGUGUCGCUCCGAGGAGUACAUGGAUCAAAAGGUCUUUGUCGUGUGUGUGUGUGUGUGCGUGUGUGUGUGUGCAUAUGUAUAAAACUGCUAAUGGAUAUUUUCUUCCCACUUGGAAAGAGAGAAAAUGAUUGGAUUGCAUCUGAAAUGAUCAGAAGAGAAAUAUUUUCCGUCAGAAUUUCUUUUUUCAGUUUAACGGAAAGUGUUUUUUUUUUUUAAAUGUUAAAUUUAAAAUCGUUAAAACUGGAACUGAAGAUUGUGCCAACUCCCCCCUCCGCCCUGAAUGAAUGAAAUUGUAUUUAUAAUGCUGGCUGUUUAAGAUUAAUGCUUAUAUUUGUCAAAUAAAGAUAAUGACUGUUAGCGUAGGACCGACGCCUUGCUCCUUGUUUUUAAGUCUCCCUGUUUAUGAGCAUAUCUGUGUUUGCUGUUGGUGUAGCUGAUCGAUCCUAAUCUGCACAGGAUCUUCUGUUUAAAAAAAAAAAAAAAAGAAAAGAAAAGAAAAGAAAAAAGCUCUUAUUCAAUCUGACUGUAAUUGUAAUGGUUUAAUACAGGGUAUCUAGUUGCUUUGUAGCUUCUUGUUUGAUUCUUUUCGUGUCAAAUCAAAAGUGUGAUCUUUAAUGUUAAAUGGUACUUUUACUGUUGUUGUGCUGAUUAUGGAGGACUGAAAGGAUGAAAAUUCCAUACUGUUCAAUUACAGAAAAAAAAACAAACCAGCAAAACAAUAGCUAAUAUCUCUUAGAACAAAUAGCACUCAGAAAGUCUUUUCUGAUGCAUUUUUUGUUACAACACACAAUUGCAAAUUUUCUUUUUCUUGAUAUAAGACAUAACUACCUAACUUAACACAUUGGUAUGCAAAUACUAGAAUAUUUUUAUUUGAAUUGUUUAUCCUUUUUUUUUCUUCUCACAAUGAAAUAUACUUAAAUAUAUAUACAUUGAGGAAAAAUGUUUGGAUUUGGUUUUAUUAUUUAGAGUGAUUUUUUUUGCUUCUUGUUGGUUAUCAUCCUGGCCACAGAUAAGCUGUUAAAAUAAUUCACGACCCGAGUGACUCACUGCGUCACGUCCCAAAUGGAGGCUCAAGAGCUUCAGAGUAGAUAUACGUUUAUCCCUGAAUGAUCCAUUUAGACCUGUUUUGACUUUAAGUAGAGUCUCGGGAGCACUAGAAGGACCUUUAGAGAAGAAUCUUACGAAACUGAUCUUCUCUCACCAAAGUGGGAGAACUUUUAGUUUUUACGUUGUUUUGUGUGUGUGUGUGUGUGUGUGUGUGUGUAUGUGUGUGAGUGUGAGUGUGUGUGAGUGUGUGAGUAACACAAGCAACAUUUGACGACAAUCCUUUCUUUUUUCUUUUCAUUCUGUAGAGUUAUUUAUUUCUUUUUAAGAAAAAAAUGUGGUGUGUUUCUUAGAGGUGUUUUCUUAUUUUAUUUUGCAUUAAUGUAUUUGUAUUUUACGGCUGUAUUUUUUUUGGGCAAUCAUUUCAUUUUAAAACACACAGAAGGCUUCGUUCUAUUUCCAGAGAAAGUCUCUGUGUUUUUCUAUCAAAAUUUCAAAGGGGUUGCAAUGUUGUGUUUGAUCCUGACCCGAUUUGUCUUGACCAGAAAUGGAAGACAUUUUGUACAUUUCUUUUCUGCGUUUCAUGAAACACUGUGUCUCUUCGUCCUCUUUCGUGUACUGAAUAGACUAUUGAGCAAAGGCAUGUCAACUAUUUUUAAUCCCGAAACCCAAGCAUUUUACUGCGAAUGUUGCAAAUGCUGCGAGUUCACCCACACUGGACAAAUAAACAAGAGCAGGAACUUAAUUGACAA